AUGAACAACAAUCCCGACGACCACCUCGAUUUUCGACCCCCAACUCCACCCCCUCCCACAACGCCGCCGCCACCCCCACCAACUCAACCCCACCACCACCCAAACGUUGUCGUUUCCAACCCUACCCUUACCCCCACCCCCGCCGCAUUCGCCUCUUCAUCUUCUACUUCUCUCACCAUCGCAGACAGCAAUGCCCCACAACAACAGCGAAAGAAGCGCUCCCGACUGACGAGACCCGAGGACGCAGAUGAUGACAACCCGGCCAACAAGCGGCCCAAGCCCGCAAAGAAACCCGACCCGUCUGCGCCCAAGAUCACCACGCCGUGCACCGAGUGCGGCCGCACAUUCUGGUCAUGGAAGGCUCUCUUCGGCCACAUGCGCUGCCACCCUGAACGACACUGGCGCGGCAUCCAACCCCCGCCGGAUUUCCAACGUGCUGGUUCGUCUUCGUCGAACCCGGUUCAUAAUCCCGAGUUGGAGCUCUCCAUGAGUGAAGACGACCACGACGCCGCCUCUAGCUUGUUGAUUCUCGCCGGCGGAACCGACCAGACACAGACACAGACACAACUCCUUCCUGGUACUAGUGGUUGUCGGGAAAACGACACUGGCGGCUGUCGUUUCGAGUGUUCGAGUUGCAAGAAAGUGUUUGGUUCCCACCAGGCCUUGGGUGGCCACAGGGCGAGUCACAAGAAUGUGAAGGGUUGCUUCGCGAUAACGAAGAAUGAUGUGGAUGUUGAUGAAGAGCAUCAUCAUCAUGAUGGUCAUGAUCAGCAUGGCAAUGUGGUAGUGGCAGCUGGGCGUAGCUAUGGCGUUGAGGGGAGCAAUGUUGUUGAGAGCAUGGAGGAGAAUAGUAGGAUGGUUACGGCGGUGGAGUCGGGGCAUCAGUGUAGCAUUUGUUGGAGGGUGUUUUCGAGCGGGCAAGCUUUGGGAGGGCACAAGAGGUGUCAUUGGGAGAGAGGAGAAGAGGCAUCAGUGGUGAUGACACAAUUUGGGAUGAGCAGUAGUACCGUUAAUUCUGGUGGGCUGGACUUGAACUUGCCUCCUUCUGCUUCUGCUUCUGAUUCUUCGCCCGGCCUGGGUUUGGAUUUGAGGUUGGGUCUUUGA